CCUGAAAAAUGGGGUCUCCAGACCUUUCCUUCACCUUAGUAUUCCUCUUGGCAAUCUUAUUCACAUUUUCUGAAGCCAAAAACUACAGAAAACUCCUGCAAACUCCCACUAACUACCAGCCUGCAUAUUCUCCUCCUUCAUCACCAACAUAUCAACAUCCGGCUACUCUUCCACCUCCUACUCCAGUUUAUUCUCCUUCGGUUACUCAUCCUCCUCCUACUCCGGCUCAUCCCCCUCCUUUUGCUCAUCCACCUCCAACUCCGAUAUAUUCUCCUCCUCCUACUCCGGUUACUCCUCCUCCUCCUCCUCCGGUUAAUCCCCCUCCUCCUCCUCCUCCGGUUAAUCCCCCUCCUCCUCCGGUUAAUCCUCCUCCUCCUCCUCCUCCAACUCCAAUAAAUUCUCCUCCUCCACCUUUGAAAGCUAAUCCUUCUCCUCAAGCUUUCAGAGCCUUCUACUACACGAGAUCUCCCUCUCCUCCUCCCUCCAGCAAACCUUGGUGGUGGUUAUUAUAA